AUGGCUGUGGUAGCAUCUGUACCACAUUUGGAUGUACAAACCCGAAACAGGGAAUAUAAUAUAAUCUUUUUUUUUGAAAAAUGUACACGAUCUGAAUAUAACUCAAGGAACGGGUGUACCAACCAGGUGGAGUGUAAGUGGUUUAUAGAAGCAAUAAAAAAUACUGGACCCAUGUAUCAUUUGACAGCUACACACGGAAUAAACGAUGAGAACAAGAACAUACUAUAUUUGAGACGAACAGGAGUUUUUUAUGAUUUUGGAAAAUAUUUAAAGUUGGCCAAUUUAGAACAUCUUUAUUGGAUUUUGUAG